UAUUUGGUUGGUUUUUCACUUUUUGCCUCCUCACCACAGGGAAGAAUUUAUAAAAGGAUCAUUAGCUAAGAGCCUCCCAUCUGAUCUGGACUAAGAGGUGAGGGCACUGUUUAAAGCUGUGAGGCAAGGUGGAAAAACUAAGACUGAGUAUCAGGUUAAUGAAAGCAUGAGGUGGCUCUUAGGCAGCAGCUGGAGGAAAUUUGGACAUGCUGACAGGGGGAACUACGACUGGUUAACUAGUGAACCAGGUGUGCCACUUCUGGAAACCCAGUUGCAGAGCAGACAUCAGAUCAGCUCAACCAAAGACGAUGUAGAACCAUUUCUGUGCAUCAUCCUGCCUGCCACCAUGCUGCUCUUCCUGGCAUUCCUGCUGCUCUUCCUAUACCGCCGCUGCCAUCGACCCAGCCUCCAGGGGCAGAUCUUCAGUAUUGAUCUCCCAGAGCACCUACCUGAGCGUGAUGUGUCCGAUUUCCUUUCAGUGCUGCCCUGGAACAGUGAACAGAAUUUCCACUACUCCACUCUGCUCCCUGAAGCCACCUUCCUCACUCUAAGCUUGCCUCCAUCGUAUGAGGAGGCCACUAUGAAACCUCCUGUGGGAGAGGCUCACAUUGAGUUCUCUCAGGAUCCAGUGCCUCCUUAUGAAGAGAGUACACACUGGUCAACCAACAGUAAAUAAACUUCCUAAGGAGACACCUUUGGCUGAAGCUUACCACCCAUCAAGGCAUAAACGUGAGACACUAGUCAUUAACGUUAGUGACCAAGUUUUCAAACUAGGAAACCAACAAAGUUAAUUGAGGAAGGAGCUUGGGUUGAUGUGGGAUUACUUUAACACAUUUAAUGAUUCAGCAUUUCUAACCUCAAUUCACAGCAGCAAACACAGUUAAAUACCAGGUUGGUGUGGGAUGGGAGGAAUUGUGGGAAUAAAAUGAAUGA